UUCGGGAGUCACGUGUCGGUGACGUCACGGUCACGUGCCCCCGCCAUGCUGUCGCGGCCGCUGAAGGAGCACCAGGCCCGGCAGAGCGAGCGGCGCGAGCUGCAGGAGCGGCGCCGAAUGGACGCGAUCGCGGCCGCCACGCGCCUCAAAGAGGCCCUGGUCGAUCACCUCAACGUGGGGGUGGCCCAGGCCUAUGUGAACCAGCGCAAACUGGACCAGGAGGUGAAGACCCUGCAGGUGCAGGCGGCCCAGUUUGCCCGGCAGACGGGGCACUGGAUCUCCAUGGUGGAGAACUUCAACCAGGCCCUCAAGGAGAUCGGUGACGUGGAGAACUGGGCGCGGAGCAUCGAGAUGGACAUGAGGACCAUCGCCACCGCCCUCGAGUACGUCUACAAGGGGCAGCUCCAGCCCUCCUCCUGCUCCUGAGGGACCCCCGGGACCCCUGGGACCCCCAGCACCGCGGCUGCUCCCGGCACAGGACGGGGGUCCUGCAGCAGCAGCUCCUGGAGCGUCCCCGGGACCCCCCACCCUGGGAGUGGGUGGAAUAAAGUGUGGGGAGCUCGGGGAGGGGGGGCUGGGCCAGGCACCGGCAGGACCCUGGUACAGCCCCCCCGGGCCCCCCUAAGCCCCCUCAUCCUCCUUAGUGCUUAA